AGGCCCCUGCAGGGGGCGGCCGUUAGUCGAGCACCUCACCUGCCCCCGCCUGGCCCGCGAGGAACCCGUCCUGCACUCGAGAUUGGCAGAGCCACCGGACCCACCGCAGGACAGCUAAGGGCAGGGCCAUCAUGAGAAACUUGGAGGCCGUUCUGGUCGCUCUGGCCGCCACGGUGGCCACCUUGAGCUCCGUCGGGACGGCGGAGGUCGCCGUUAAAGGCAAUGACGGUCCCGUCCUGGUCUGCUACGUGGGCACGUGGGCCUACUACCGCCCGGGCAACGGCAAGUUCACCCCAGAAGACAUCGACCCCACGCUGUGCACCCACCUGGUGUACGCCUUCGUCGGCAUCACCGGCCAGGGCGACGUAAGCGUCCUGGACUCGUGGCUCGACCUGCCCCCGCCCAACCUCGAUGGCUACAACCGCUUCCUCGCCCUCAAGAAGAAGAACCCCGACCUCAAGGUGCUCAUCAGCGUUGGCGGAUGGAACCAGGGCUCCUAUUCCUUCUCUACGGUGGCCAACAGCGACCAGCUCCGCAAGACAUUCGCCAAAAACGUACUCAAGUUCGUGACUCAGUACGGCUUUGAUGGCUUUGACGUCGAUUGGGAGUACCCCGCCCUGCGCGGUGGUGCCAGCUCUGACAAGGCUGGCUUCGUGGAGCUGCUGCGCGAGCUGCGCGCACAACUGGAGCCCAACGGGCUGCUGCUCACGGCGGCCGUCUCCGUCGGGCUGGACAAGAUCGAGGCCGGCUACGACGUGGAGCCGGUGGUCCAGCAGCUGGACCUGGUCAACCUCAUGGUGUACGACCUGCACGGCUCCUGGGACUCGGUGACGGGCAUGAACGCGGCGCUGAAGGCAACCAAGGAGGAGAAGUACGACCCCGACAACAAGAAUCUCAACGUGGAGUCGGCGCUCAAACUGUGGCUGGACCGAGGGGCCGACCCGUCCAAGGUGGUGCUGGGCGUGCCGUUCUACGGGCACACGUGGACGCUCCGUGACGCCUCCAACGCGGGCGUGUACGCGCCCACCAACGGCCCCGGCCAGGCCGGUCCCUACACCAGGGAGGGCGGCACCAUCGGCUACAACGAGGUGUGCGUCCAGCAGGAUGCGGGGCUCUACAAGGAGAAGUGGGACUCGCAGCGGCUGGUCCCGUACGCCGUGGAGGGCAACCAGUGGGUCUCCUACGACAACGUGCGCUCGCUGAAACUGAAGGCCCAGCUCGCCGUCGACCAGGGGCUGGCCGGCGUGAUGGUGUGGUCGCUCGAGACGGACGACUUCCGCAACGACUGCUCCACCUCGGGCGGGCGCUUCCCGCUGCUCCGGGCCAUCUACAGCACGCUGCACAACGGUGCCGUCCCCACAGCAGCUCCUGUAACCACUGCUGCACCCACCCCUGCACCUACUGCUGCACCCACCCCUGCACCCACUGCUGCACCCACUGCUGCACCCACUGCUGCACCCACUGCUGCACCCACCCAUGAACCCAUUGCUUCCUCCACCCCGGUUCCCCCCACCGCCGCGCCUACGUCCCCAGCCUCAGCACGCACCGACACACCCACUGCAACACCCCCUACGACCCCGCGGCCGCCGAGCGGCGACGUGUGCACCGUCACUAACUCGUUCCAGCGCGACGCCAACUGCAAGGACUUCUACUUCUGCUUCUACCCGGGCCAGCCGCUGCACGUCUACCGGUACACGUGCGGGCCGGGCACGCUCUUCAACGAGGAGCUCCAGACCUGCGACUUUGCGGCAAAAGUGCCCUGUCCGUAGGGGUCCCGCCAGGGACAAUACUCGCAACAGGAAUAAAGUCGCUUAAAUCGUU